GUAACUUGCAAAACAAAACGACGUUAGAUUUGCUGAGAAAUGGAAUCGUAAUGAAGCAGAUCAACUCCUACAGACAGAACACAGAAGGCGAGAAAAUGACGAACUCUAUACAAAACAUAAACAUGAACCACAACGCCUCCAUGAUGCGCCGGCAGAAAAAACGGAGUUCACGGAGUAAUUUUAACGGGUACUACCCGCAGCGUCCCCCGAACUCCGGGCAGGAUGGGUCGCGUGCCCUUCGCUGCUGGCCAAGCGAAGGCUAGGCCUAGGCAUCGAACCAGGCACAGCAAAUCUCGGUUCCAUACCCAAAAUAAGAACCAAGAAGGACAAAUUAAGGUGCAACAGACACCUUGUAAUAUUUAUCUCGGAGAGAAUUUCGCUACCAAGUUGCAGGCGGCCUUCCAGUUCGAGAGAUCUCUCCAACAAGCCGACUUUGAAGACGGUUUUGUGCAGUGCAGGUUCGAUCCUUUCAAGCGAUAUCAUGAGAUGACUUUGUCAGGCAUGGCAGCGAGAAUGAAGGAGUGCCCCAAUGCAGGUGGAGAUUCAGUCGAGUCUGAAGUCUUGAGCUUGGAGUUGCUCCAUCGCUGCUUUGGAGCCAAGUUGUUGAAGACGGAGAUGGAGGUCAAAUACUUCCCGUACGGGGGCUCCAUCGUAGACUACACCUGUGAGAUGUUUGGGGUCAGUUUGGGCGUGUCUGUUACCAGGGCGAUGAAGUACAAGGGAGAGUUUGAGAAGGAGGAUGCAGAGAAGUUGUUGGGCAAGAAGUUGAGGGGUAUUGUGAACGCUACCCAGAAUGCAUUGGAUAAGUGGUCCAAACAGAUCCUCCACAUUUGGGCGACCUCCUCCAAGGUCGCUGAUGUCUUGACCUCUGUUUACCGUGACCUUUCACCUCAGUUGAGAAUCAAUACUGUUGUAUUGGUAACCAUAGUAACCACUCCCCAGCAUUCCUUGUUUCAGAACUCAAGAUGACCCAAGCUAGAAUCUGUCGAUAGAAUAUCAUUUUCCUGGAAAUCUCUCUAGUUUUGAUCUGCUCUUACACCGAUUUGUUGAAAUAUCUCUUGAAAAUUAAGUUCCUAUAACAUGUUGAUUUGUGUAUAUAUUCUGACACUAGUAUGUUACAUGUUAUGUGAUUGUGAUAAUUAAUAUUUUUUUGAAAUAUUAGAGCUUUCAUGUUUUAUAUCCAUUUUGAUAUUUUUUUACCUAGUAUUGUUUUGUAAAAAUCCUAUGCAAAUUUCCUGGAAAUCUCUCUAGUUUUGAUCUACUCUUACACCGAUCUUUUGAAAUACAUGUUUCUCUUGAAAAUUAAGUUUCUAUUACAUUCUGACACUACCAUGUUAUGUGAUAGUGAUAAUUAAUAUUCUUUUGAAAUAUUGCUAGAGCUUUCAUGUUUUAUAUCCAUUUUGAUAUUGUUUUACCUACCGUAGUAUUGUUUUGUAAAAAUCCUAUGCAAAUUUCUAAGAAAGCUGAAAGCUUUUAAAAAUUGGUAACUCUUCAUGCUUUAAUGUUCUGUAACUUUAUGCAAUUUUUUUUAAAGAGGUUGAACUUUUUACCAUGUGACUGAAGCACACAUGCAUGCUAUGGUAUGAAAAAUAACAUGUGGUGAAAUUUUUUCUUCACAAUUGUAUGCGAAUCUGAUCAGUGCGAAUAUGAAAUAUUCUUUUAAUAGCAGCAGGGACUAGCAUUGUAGGCAGCCCCCACAAAUAAAAAAGAAAGAAAAGAAAAUGCAAUAAAUUAUCAAUAAUUCAUUGCAUUUUGCCCCUAUCUCAAACAUAACAAAAAUCCUCUGUGUGGCCAUGCCUUGAACCAUAAUGCAUGGCCUAUUUGUAUAGAAGGUCAUCAAUGGUCUAAAUUUGUGGAAUAUUUGUAAUUUCUAAUGUGAUUAUAUAUGUU